UUGUUUGAGGUGUUGUGGUGUGCGUAAACCCAAACUGUUCACAGCUCGUGUGUGUGUGUUUUGUGUUCAAACUUCCAACUUCCAAACAUCACUGCUCUCGUCCUCCUCCUCCAUGUGCCCUUACCAUUAAAGGACUCCUGAUCUCUUUUCCAUUCCCAAUUCUACGCAACCUUUAUUCUUUCUCUCUCUGGAGAGAAAGUACCUCCUUUUCCUAUAAGCCAUGUCUCAGGCCCCCGGCGCGUCUCCUACCACUCCCUCCUCGCCUGCUCCUGCAACUCCCUCUGCUCCGCCUCCUUCCACUCCCUCCGCUCCGCCUCCGGCUACUCCCUCUGCUCCUCCUCCGGCUACUCCCUCCGCGCCUCCCCCCGCCACUCCAUCUGCUCCUCCACCGGCUACUCCCUCCACUCCUCCUCCGUCCACUCCUUCUCCACCAGCACCUUCCACUCCAUCUGCACCACCACCAUCCACGCCGUCUUCUCCACCACCGUCCACACCCUCUCCCACUCCCCCGACCGCAUCUCCGUCACCUCCUUCUCCACCUACUUCAUCUCCGCCACCGAGCACACCGGCUUCCUCUCCUCCUCCUCCGUCGAGCACUCCGUCACCCCCGGCGACGCGGAGCCCACCGCCUCCGUCUAGUUCUGGUAACACCCCGACUGUUAGGAGCCCGCCGCCCCCGCCCACUAAUUCGUCAUCAUCGUCGCCGGACUCAUCGUCGAAUGGUAUAUCUACCGGGGUUGUGGUGGGGAUAGCGAUCGGUGGUGUGGUGAUUCUGGUCGUGCUGAGUAUAUUGUGCGUGUGUUGCACCAAGAAGAAGAGGAGGCGCCGUGACGAGGAGGCCUACUAUCCGCCUCCACCUCCUGGACCCAAAAAUGGCCCUUACGGUGGUGCACCACAGCAUUGGCAACAGCAAAAUGCUCCCCCACCUGCAGAUCAUGUUGUCGGAGUGUUUCCAAAACCCUCUCCUCCACCAGCAGUUGCGUCACGACCACCCCACUCACCAACAAGUUCUCUUAUGACACCAAAGCCCCCACCACCACCAAAUUUCCUGAGCAGCAGUGGAGGUUCGGGCUCCAAUUAUUCAGGGUCAGAAAACCCACUCCCACCACCUCAUCCAGGAAUGGUAUUAGGUUUCUCAAAGAGCACUUUUACAUAUGAGGAAUUAGCAAUGGCAACGGAUGGCUUUUCGGAUGCCAACCUCCUUGGACAGGGUGGAUUUGGGUAUGUGCAUAGAGGAGUUCUUCCAAAUGGCAAGGAAGUAGCUAUUAAGCAGUUGAAAGCUGGAAGUGGGCAGGGGGAGCGUGAGUUUCAGGCAGAGGUUGAGAUUAUUAGCCGAGUGCAUCACAAACAUCUGGUUUCAUUGGUUGGGUACUGUAUCACUGGGUCCCAAAGACUGCUUGUUUAUGAGUUUGUUACGAAUAAUACUUUAGAGUUCCACUUACAUGGGAAUGGACGACCUACUAUGGAUUGGCCCACCAGACUUAAAAUUGCUUUAGGAUCUGCAAAAGGACUGGCAUAUCUUCAUGAGGAUUGCCAUCCCAGGAUCAUUCAUCGUGAUAUCAAAGCAGCUAAUAUACUUUUAGAUUUCAAGUUUGAGGCAAAGGUUGCAGAUUUUGGACUUGCUAAGUUUUCUUCUGAUGCCAAUACUCAUGUCUCCACCCGGGUGAUGGGAACUUUUGGGUAUCUGGCUCCAGAAUAUGCUUCAAGUGGAAAACUUUCAGACAAAUCUGAUGUUUUCUCCUAUGGGGUCAUGCUUUUGGAGUUGAUCACUGGACACCGACCUGUUGACACAACCCAUAUGGAGGAGAGUUUAGUAGAGUGGGUGAGUGAGGAAUUCUUAUUUCUAAGGACAAAUACGAUUUUUCAAAAUCAGAUGUCAGAUAUAAAACCUAAAUCUCUGUUGGCAUUACAGGCAAGGCCUUUGCUCACACGAGCUCUUGAAGAGAGAAACUUUGAUGCUCUGGUUGAUCCAAGGCUGAAAAAUGAUUAUGAACCCAAUGAGAUGGCUAGCAUGGUUGCUUGUGCUGCAGCUUGUGUGCGUCAUUCAGCCCGGCGUCGCCCACGAAUGAGCCAGAUUGUUCGUGCUUUGGAAGGAGAUGCAUCUCUAGCUGAUCUUAAUGAAGGAAUCAGACCUGUACACGGCUCUGCAUACAGUUCUCAUGGAAGCUCAGACUAUGACACCAGUCAAUACAACGCAGACAUGAAGAAAUUCAGGAAGAUGGCAUUGGGAAGCCAGGAGUAUGGUGCCAGUAGUGAAUACAGUGGACCAACCAGCGAAUAUGGUUUGUACCCUUCUGGCUCUAGCAGCGAAGGCCACACCACCCGAGAAAUGGAGACGGGAAAGAUGAAGAAAAGCAGCCAAGUUUUCAGUGGAAGGUCUUGACAACCGAUGCCCUUUCAUUCUUCAUGUAAAUGAUUUUUACACUUUGUCAAGUUGAUCACAGGAUGACAUGUUCUGUAUGAGUUAACACAUUUUCUUUUUUCUUUCGACUUAUCGGUUUUUUCACAAUGUAUUUAUCAAUAGUGCUUAUACGAGAAAAUAACAGAGAAACUUGUUCGAUUCUUUUA